AUGGCUUCCCCUUACUCCCUCCGCAAGGUUGGUGCUCCCAACACCCUCGAGCACCGUGUCUACAUCGAGAAGGAUGGCGUCCCCGUCUCCCCCUUCCACGACAUCCCUCUGUACGCCAACCAGGAGCAGACCAUCCUGAACAUGGUUGUUGAGAUCCCCCGCUGGACCAACGCCAAGCUCGAGAUCUCCAAGGAGGAGCUCCUCAACCCCAUCAAGCAGGACAUCAAGAAGGGCAAGCUUCGCUACGUCCGCAACUGCUUCCCCCACAAGGGCUACCUCUGGAACUACGGAGCCUUCCCCCAGACCUGGGAGGACCCCAACGCCAUCCACCCCGAGACCAAGGCCAAGGGUGACAACGACCCGCUCGAUGUCUGCGAGAUCGGUGAGCUUGUCGGCUACACCGGCCAGGUCAAGCAGGUCAAGGUCCUCGGUGUCAUGGCCCUGCUCGACGAGGAGGAGACCGACUGGAAGGUCAUCGUUAUCGACGUGAACGACCCGCUCGCUCCCAAGCUCAACGACGUCGAGGACGUCGAGCGCCACCUGCCCGGCCUUCUCCGUGCCACCAACGAGUGGUUCCGCAUCUACAAGAUCCCCGACGGAAAGCCCGAGAACCAGUUCGCUUUCACCGGCGAGUGCAAGAACAAGAGCUACGCCAUGGACGUCGUCCGUGAGUGCGCCGAGGCUUGGGAGAGACUCAUCACCGGCAAGACCCAGGCCGGCAGCGUUUCCACCGGCAACACCACCGUCCAGCAGUCCCCCGCUCUCAUCAGCGCCGGCCAGCUUCCCCCUCUGCCCGCUCACGAGGAGCUCCCCGCCGCCAAGAUCGACGCCUCCAUCGAUAAGUGGUUCUUCAUUAGCGGUGCCUCCGCAUAA